GAUUGUGGGGGGUGGGAUGUUUGUCCCAGAGCGGGGGGAGGUAAAGGUGGAGGUUGGCCACUUUCGAGGCGGUGAAGAACAGUGAGGAUCUCCAUUUUGGCCUGUUGCCGACUGUCCUUGUUUAAGCGGUGCAACAUUGGCACAAUGCUCAUCGCAAAAUGAUAUGCCUCGUCCAGCUCGUCAUCGGGUAUAUGGGGUUUUGGCACCGGCUGCUCCAGCAAAGACAUCAGCCGGUCCCCAAUGCCUGUGUCUAUCGGUCUUUGGCUUCUGGUUUCCCUGGGGGCCUGCGCUGCAACAGCCGGUCUUGAAAUAUUUCUGUCCCUGGGGCUACGGGACCUAGAGGCAGACAGUGCUGAGGUUGAUGGAGCCGGAGAUGUCGAAGGCUGUUGCAAUGAAAUGCCAGGGGUGCUGGACCGACCCUCGGACCGGUCUGACUGAGGGGUACAUGGCUUCUGGAGAUUCACUAGUGAGUCUGGCAUAUAGCUACCGCCUGGGGCACACUAAAGUCAGGAACUCAGUCCACAUGGUGUGUGCUGCCAUCGAAAAAACGAUGAUGGAGAGGUUCCUACGCAGGCCAACACAAGAGACAUGGGAGGAAGUGUCUCAAGGCUUCUGGGAGAGGUGGAAUUUUCCAAACUGCCUGGGAUCAAUAGAUGGGAAGCAUGUGACCAUCCAAGCCCCAGCACUGAGUGGGAGUCAGUAUUUUAAUUACAAGAAAACUUUCUCAAUAGUGCUUUUGGCACUUGUGGACUCGAACUACAGGUUCAGGGUCAUUCAAGUGGGGGACUUCGGAAGGACCAGUGAUGGCGGCGUUUAUGCUGGGUCAGCUCUCGGAAGAGGAAUGGAGACCAAAACGUUUCAUGUCCCCCCCAGUACCUCUCUGCCUGGCGCUGCUCACUUGGGUGAUGUGCCACAUGUCAUGGUGGGUGAUGCAGCCUUCCCACUGAAGCCAUACCUAAUGAGACCAUACCCCGGACAGAACCUCACUCACCAAAAGAGGAUAUUUAACUACAGACUUUCAAGGGCAAGGAUGGUGGUUGAUAAUGCUUUUGGCAUUCUGUCCUCCAGGUGGGGAAUCUUGCAUCGCAGGAUCAACCUGCACCCACAAAAUGUGGACACCCUUGUUUUCGCUGCAUGCAUUCUCCAUAACUUCCUGCUUUUCCCGAGAGAGAAUGUGAGGUUGCUGGAGGAGGCAGAGCAACAGGGGAGAAACCUGCCAUCAGUACGCCACAUGGGAGGAAACAGAGCCUUGAGAGAGAGGCCUGUAAUGUGAGGGAAAUCUUCUACACCUAUUUCAACUCCCCACAAGGCAGGGUGUCUUGGCAGGACAGGAUGGUUUGAAAGUUUUGCCAAAAGUGUGGAAAAUGUCUACAUUUGUAAAUAGGUGUUUUUUUUGUCAUUCAGAUGUUUUUUUAUCAUGCUCAUUACAGAUGAGAUAAUCUUUGUUGUAUU